AUGGCCACUCCUUAUGCCUUUGUUACCUUAUUGACUUCUGAUUCUUACCUCCCUGGCGCACUCACCGUCGCAGCCGCCCUCAGAGAUGUACAUACAACUCCACCCACUCCACCCGAGGUCGAUUUCCACACCGUUUGCCUCGUCACUCCCGAGACGGUAGACGUAUCCAGCAUAAAGCUCUUGAGGAGAGCUUUCAAUGUUGUUAUCGGUGUAGAGAUUAUCGAGGAGAACAACGCCCGUGGAUUGCAUCUCCUAGGUCGUCCGGAUCUCCACUCGGUCCUGACGAAAUUGCAUGUCUUCCGCCUGAUUCAAUACUCCAAGAUCGUCUUCCUCGAUGCCGACAUUCUCCCAACCCGUCCACUCUCUCACCUUUUUACCCUUCCUUAUGAAUUCGCAGCCGUCCCAGACGUCGGAUGGCCCGACAUAUUCAACUCUGGGCUGAUGCUAUUGACCCCGAGAGAAGCCAGUUUCAAUGAAUUAAUGGAUCUAUCGAAGUCGAAAGGCAGUUGGGAUGGCGGUGACCAGGGCCUUCUCAACGAGUGGCGCGGCAAUGACUGGCACAGGCUCAGCUUCACGUACAACACGACACCCACCGCCGCGUACACCUACGCGCCUGCCUAUGAGCGAUUUGGCUCACAGAUAUCCUCUAUACAUUUUAUCGGCCCCAACAAGCCCUGGAGUUCUAUCCCUUGGCGUGCACCCGGUUCGACCGGCGCGCAUCAAGCCGCCUCGGAGCCACCGCGCGCGUAUGAUUACGGAUCUCUUGUCGACCGCUGGUACGCGGUGUACGACAAGCACUACCGCUCUACUGUUGUAGUACCCCAACCUGAAUACGCGCUGCGGCGAUAUGAGCCAGCUUGGGAGCAGUCAGGUGGUAUCGGCGCAGAAGUGGGCCCCCUGCCGGCACUGACAGCUGGCAAUGUUCUUGGUCUCGACGAUCUGCGCAGGAUAGCCGUUGAAGGAUUCACCGGCCUCUCUGGAUAUUCUCAGGUACUUCCUGGGGAGGGCGAGUAUAUGCGCUUGCCGCUGGAAGGACGGCUCGACCUGAUGCGCCCGCGAAGUGACCCAACGCCAGCUCCAGUCGCGGAACCGGGACCGAGCGCAGAGCUUGAGGGUGAGAGGACGCCUCAGCAGAAGCAGAGCUACUUUGACGCCGUUGGCCCUUCGACCCCCGUCGCGCACCGUUCUCAGUUCUCUGUUACUGGCGACUCGCCUCCUCGCAUGUACACGCUCCCGACUCCAGGACCAGAUGAGCUGCCGCCCGCACCGCACCCUCACGCGCUCUCCCUCCCUCCUUCGGCUCCCGUGACGCCCACUCCUUCGCGUUCCUCGAGCACGUAUAUGCCGCCACAGAUCGAUCCUGCUUCGCCGUGGCACCCGCGUGAACCAGACUAUUCUCAGGAAAAUCAAGGCCAGCCCUAUAGUGAACAACUGCAGGCUCAAGGACAUCCGCAAUACUAUAUUCAACGGCCUAUUAUCGAAUCUCCUCGAUAUCAUUCGCAAGCACACCACCAAGCUGAACCUAGUCAACCUUCGGAUGUCCCUCCAGAGAGGAGGCAACAAUUGAGACAGCAGCCAGAGACACCUACGCAUGAACCAUCACGAUACUAUGACCAUGAGCAUCGUCAGCCGCCGCCGCCUCGUGAACCCCCACGUCCUCGGUCUCCCCCCAUGUUGACGUGGAACCCUGCCAUCGAACCACCUCCAAAAGACGCACCGAUCUCAAAUUUUCCCACUGAUACAUACUUCCCCAAUGUCUGGGAUAGAUCCACGGACUCGUUCGGGACGCCCACUGGGAGCCUGCAUUCGCCUACACCUCCGUCCAGCGCCCUCUUCUCCCUGCCUCCGCCGGGACAGAUUCCUGAGCGCCUGCUGCGCGAGGGACAUUACACCAAUGUGCUUGGCGACCAAUCUGAUACGACACCCAGCCCCGAUCGCAAGAAGGUCAGGUCCGUGUUCCCAUGGGAGACGAAACCGCGUCAUAUGCCAGGUCGAGUGUUCCCCUCUACAGACUCACCGCCUCCGGGUACGUUUAUGACUACAAGCUCUUCCGGGGCGCCUAGCCCUUCCCUAGUGUCCUCGCCCGUUCAGCCAGUGGCGCACUCCCCUCUGGUGAUGCACUCCCCUCUGUCUGGGCUGCCUUCGUCGUUCAUGUACACGAACGCUUGGGAUUCCAUCCCGAGCAUACAGAAGUACGCAUCGAAGCUCGUCCGCCCGGUGCAGCCACCUGCCAGGCCCCUCGCUCCCGCUUUCGAUCUGAUCGAGUCGCGGAAGCGGGAAAACAGCCUGUUCAAGAGUGAAUGGGAGGAGUCGGGCGAGAGCAGCGUCGAUGGUGAUGAUGAGGAUACCGGAGACGAGGAGGAGCGCAAGGAGGAGUUAAAGCGGCGGUCUCGCGCGGGCUCGAUCUCGGGCAAGGGCAAAAAGAAGGAAUACCGGAUGGUGGGUGUGCAGACGGUCCCGAAGGAGACGCGCAAUCAAGGUGUUCAAGUCGCCUUCCUCCCCGUCCCUCCGGAUGCUGACCGACUCGCGAAAGACAAGGAAGGAAGACUGGCUAUGGGAUCACGGGUGCGGGGCGUGAUAACUCCACCUAUGGGCCGCCGGGAGUGGUCGCCGAUGGCGAUGUCAGAUGCGUCGUCGCCCGUGACGACCACAGCGGGCGCGUUCAUGCCUGCGCAUUUGGCAGACACGGUCCCUAGCGGCACAAAAAAGCUGUCGCCGCUAGGGUCGCCCACUGGGCUGAGAAGCCCGCGUAUGUACACGUCGCCUCGCGGCUCACCGAAGGGCUCGUCAGUGAACCUUGUUGGCGCUGUCGGGUCGCCACCGAGGCUCCAAUUGCGCGCGCCGAUGUCACCUGUCGUGAGGACGAUAUCGAGCGACGCGACGUCCUCUUCGUCGUCGAGUGCUGGUCCACCCCAGUCCCCGCGCCUUGAGUCCCUGCGCCCUGAUUCUCCACGCCCUGAUUCUCCGCGCCUUGAUUCUCCGCGUCUUGAUUCUCCUCGCAAUUCGACACUGAACACCCCCAUGCGAAAGACUGCAGCACGAGUAUGGGACCCCGCGCGUGGCGUGGAAAUCUUCAAGAAAGGGUCCGAGGAAGUGCUUGCGAAGUUCCUCAGGAUGGGCUCGUGGGACGAGGAGUCCGUCGAAAAAGCAGUUUCGUGA